AUGAUGCCUCGGUUAGUUCGCAUGAAUCCUGAAGAAUGUGCUCAUCUUGUGAUUGACUGUUUCCCUGAUUACAUCGCUUCAAUCAGACCGCACACCGAAGAAAGAGACAUGUGCUAUCCGCUGUUGAAGGCUGCUUUCAAAAUAAAGCGGGAACGUCAGGAAACAUUUUUGCAAACAGAUGAGGAUACCGAAGAGUUUCUUUUUGGAAUAGUCUUUGAAGGUAUAGUGAAUGAACAGCUCGAGGAGUUAGACGAUAUCCUACAGGAUUGGCUGCUUUAUUGGUUACCUACCGGAUCAAGAACAGAUUUUUGCUUGAACAUAGCAGCUGCAGCUGAGUGUGUGAAAAGCACGAUACUGUUGAUGGAGGCACGUGGUCUGCUGGACAAUGCCUUCGAAGUGCUUUUUAAGCAAAUUAAUGGAAGCAAAAAAGAUCAGCAACGAUUUGUGUAUUGGUUGGACAAAGGUUUAACAUUCUGCAGCUCUCACUCCAAUUCCUCUCAGUCAAGAGGAUGGCUGCUGCGAAUUAUGCGAGCUGUUACGGGAGCAGCAAUCGAAGAGAGUACUAUAGGUCAGUGGACGCUUCUUUUUCUCUUUACAGGAAAUGGCUUGAGCAAAUUUGAAAGUGGUAUACAAAUGCACUGAAA